GUUACUACUUUGAAAUUCCAUCCAUUGGAGCCAUCAGAAUCAACACCCAGGAGUACCUGGACGUCCUGGGCCGUCCCAUGGUGCUGGCUGGGAAUAAAGCGCAGCAGGUGCAAUGGACCAACGUCUACCAGGAUGUUCUGGGUUUGGGCCUAGUCAUCACUGGGACGAUGCCUGUCUUCAACCGCACUGUUGAUACUGUGAGCCCUCAGAACCAGCUCAUCCUCGGAGUCAUGGGAGUGGAUAUUGCAAUUAAUGAAAUCAAAAGGAAGACGCCCACAUACAGACUUGGAGCUAACGGCUACACCUUUGCCAUCGAUCCCAAUGGCUUCGUUCUGCUGCAUCCCAACCUGCGACCUAAAAUCUUUGACUACAAGGAGCCCGUUACUCUGGACUUUCUAGAUGCAGAGCUGGAGGACAGCAACAAGGAGGAGAUCCGUCGACAGAUGAUUGAUGGCAAGUCCGGGCAAAGGAAAAUCAAGACGCUCAUUAAGUCAGUUGAUGAGAGGUACAUUGAUGAGGCCGUGCGGACGUACACGUGGACGCCUGUGAAUGGUACAGAUUACAGUCUAGGGUUGGUACUGCCCACAUAUAGUGAAAACCACAUCAAGGCCAACCUGAGUGACCAGAUCCUUCAGGUGCAGUUGCCAUACACCAAGGAUUUUGAAUCACUGCUGCCAAACAGUUUUGAGUCUGAAGGACAUGUAUUCAUUGCUCCCAGGGAGUACUGCAAUGAUCUGGAACUGUCCAACAACAACACUGAGUUCCUGCUCAACUUCAUUGCUCUCAUGGAGAAGGUGACACCAGACUCCAAACAAUGUGACAAUUUGCUCCUCCAUAACCUGAUUCUGGACACUGGCAUCAUCAGGCAGCUGGUUGAGAAAGUGUGGAAGAAUAAAGACUUGAAUACAUAUGGCUUCCUGGCUGUGUUUGCUGCAUCAGAUGGAGGAGUUACAAGAGUGUUCCCCAACAAGGCUGCAGAAACCUGGGAGGAAGACCCUGAGCCGUUUAAUGCCAGCUAUUACCGGCGCAGUCUGGACAACAAGGGCUACAUCUUCAGAGCGCCUUAUCGAACAGCGCGGGACGAGCUGUUGAACCCGGAGAACGACACCAUCGGGAUCCUGGUGAGCACGGCCGUGGAGAUCACAGUAGGAGGGAAGACCAUCAAACCUGCAGUGGUCGGAGUGAAGCUGGACCUUGAAGCCUGGACGGACAAGUUUAAGAUCCUUGCUAGCAACCAUACAGACAACAAUCAGGGCUCAAAUACGUGUGGACCAAACAGAGGCUGUGAAAUGGAUUGCGAGGCCAACAGUGAGGAUCUCCUGUGCUAUUUAAUAGAUGACGGUGGAUUCCUAAUCAUGUCUAAUCAGAAGGAGGAAUGGAACAAGGUGGGCAUGUUCUUCAGUGAUGUUGAUCCCUACUUGAUGUACGCGCUCUACAACAAUUCCUUCUACAACCGCAAGCAGUCAUAUGACUACCAGUCUGUGUGUGAAAAGGUUUCUAAGUCUCAAAAUGGGGCUGCACCCAGAGGAGUGUUUGUGCCCACAAUUGCAGAUUUUGUAAACGUGGCUUGGUGGACAUCAGCAGCGGCAUGGUCCUUGUUCCAACAGUUUAUUUAUGGACUGGCUUAUCAGAGCUGGUUUGUCAGAGAUGAGGUGGAUGCAGAAGGAAUGGACUCUACUCGGGUGCGGAGUUGUGUAAUGAAACAGACGCAGUACUUCCUGAGUAAUCUCAGCAGCUCCUACAACAUACUGCAGGACUGUGGCAACUGCUCCAGGCUGAUUCAUGCCAAGAGGAUAAACAACACCAACUUGCUGUUUGUGGUCGCAGAGAAGAUGCCUUGCAACUCCUGCGAGAUAGAGAAGCUGUCCCAGGAGGAGGAGGAGGAGUUGAAGCACGAAAAUCCAUGUGAAGACGUGGCGCGCUAUCGAAAAGGACCCGGCACCUGCUUUGACAAUAACCUCACUGAGAACACGUCAGACUGUGGGCGGGGCCACUCCUUCCGCCCCUCCCUCUACACCUUACUGCUCAUCCAGCUGCUCCUGCUCUAUCCGGCCGUCAGCCCCCACUUUCACUCUCUACUACAUUAAUUCCAUUUUCCUCCACGUGUCUUCUUUUAGCCUCCCUGACCCAAAACCCUCCAACCCCACCUCCCACCUCCAUGCCCCUAUUCCCCGCCCCCCUUAUAUAGUCAUAGGUAAUAAAGGGACUUCCCUUCACAGCAAGUUGGAAGCCCUGAGUGCCGCGCUACCCAGCUCGCUUCAGUCCUUGUUGCUUAGUGACAACUGCCGGACGUUUGUGUACCCAGCCAGUUAACCUUCAUCUGCAGGAGGAGCGGGUGGUGCUGCACCACCUGGAUCCUCAGAGGCAACGUCAGAAAACAAAAACAUCACCCCCUUUUUCGAGAGGAAGGGAGGGUAAAGAGGACAGGCCGAUGUCCUCUUCUCAGACCUCCCCCCCCCCCCGCCUCACACAGACUGAGGAGUAGAGGUCCUCUUCGCCUCUGUCCAUCAGACAGAAGGCGGGAUUUCUUCUUCUUCUUCUUCUUCUCCUCUAUCUCAGAGUUUUGUCGCUCUGUCAACUGCCUCUCGUAGGCUGUGGACCAUCAGCCAGUUAUAGCCGCCACCAUAAAAGAAAAUAACAUUUAAAAAAAAAAAAAAACUGUCAAGUAUACAACAUGUCAAGUAUAAACCGCUGAAGUGAUGAGUAUUCCAAGCAUACUGUGUAUUUAGGUUUUAAUUUGAAAAGGAAGUCGUUAAGGUGUUUAUUUCAAAAGACAUUAAUUGUUUUAUGCUCUAUAUCUACUUGCCAAAAUUAGAUCAACUUUCAUGCGGUCUUGUUUUUUUAUAGCCAAAACACGAGGAGGAAAUGGUUUCCAAUUCUAGGUUUAGGAAAGACUAUGAGAGGAGACACUGAAUGCUGAUUCAUUUUGUGCAGCUUCUAAUUACAGAUUAUUUCUCGUAAAAGACGUCCACUGGGGAUUAUUGUAAUUACAUGAUAGUAAUCGCAUUUCUUCAAGUAUUUUUCCUCAUAUUUACUAUUUGAGGCUAGUGCUAUCUGGCUUAUUAUAACACUAGUGACAGCUGUGAAAUAUGAAUCAGUGUUUGCUCACUUCAGCGUCGUGUAUUAUUCUCCUUUACGAUCAAUCGACCAUUCUGACUUCUGGUUUUGGUCGGAUGUUAAAAAAAAAAUAUUUUUUAAAUCCCUGUGCUCUCAGAAGCAAAAGCUCACCUCUGCCAAUAUUAAUGAGGCUUUUCCAGUGACCUCUAUUAACUCUCCUCAUCACAAUUAUACAUGUGCUUUACUUCUGGUCAACCGACACACAGAUCUCUGCCUCAUGACCGUCUCAUAUAGCCCUGGUUAGGGUUUUCUUUUUACCUUUGACUGAUGCUGUUCCAACUUCAAAACCAUUCGCUGCUGGGGGAUAGGGGCUUAUCAACAUUUCCAACUAAAGUGCAGAAAAAGGCAACUAAAUAUGGCGAUCACAUAAAGUAGUAGUCUGGUUGUAAUCCGUGGCAGUAAAUCAUUUGAUCAUUACGAUGUUUAGGAGCCGCUCUGUUUCAUAGCGCCUUGAUGCACUUUGUUUUUGGACCACAUGGGCUGUAUACGAGUAGAGCUACUGUAUAGUACCUUUAUAGAGCAGCCACGUGUGAGGCUUUGGAUGUGAGACUGAAUCUGUUGGCUAUAGAAAAAGCUUUACACAGAGCCAUCACACUGACUGGCUCCAGCUUAAUGUAUUUGCCCUCUCGGCCCCCUGACUGCCAUCAUAUAGAGUUACUAUACCGUUCCUUUACCAAGCCGUGUUUAGAGCUAUGAUACACUAUCAGUAUACAGCGACUUUACUGGCCAUAGAGCGUUCUUAGGGCCACCUGACUGCUAUCGUUCUGCCUGAAUCGUGUGUGGAUGUGUUUGUUUUCGUUAAAACCCUCAAAGGGAAUGUCAUUAUAAAUGAGUUGUGGAGUGUGUGAGGGGUGACAGUUGUGGUAGCAUAACAUGUUUGUUUUUUUCCUGAUCCUGUGUUGCAACAUAAAUCCAAUGUUGUUGUGGUGGGGGAGAAAAAAAAAGGAUUUUACUUAAACUAAAAUAAUUCAUCUUUAACCAUUACUCUGCCUAAAUGUUAAUCUGAGGGAGCCGAGGUGUCUGAAAGAAUGUGUAGUUCAUCAGUGUUUCUGCUUCAAAUGCAACAUAGCUAACAAAGCCUCUCAAAAUGCCUUAGUGUUACACAGUACAGAGCUCUGAUACGUUUCCCUCCCUCAUGUACACUCACACAAAAAGAUCCUCCAAAAUAUUCACUCCCCGGGUUUUCUUGGUGUUCUGCAGUAAGUAUAGUGAGCUCUUAUUUUGUAUUAUCGCGUCUUUGAUGAUUCGUUAUUGAUUGAUGCCUGUUUUUUUAUUAAAUGCUUGAAAGCCAGGUGGGAGUUUUCCAUUUCAAAAAGCCUCCGACCUUCGAUGUUCACACCCACCCAAUCCUCACUGUAUUGCUCAGGUGGGACGAUUCACAAUUUGAACUUAACCACACACUCUGUACAGUUGUUGGUACUAUUUGAUGUGACAAACCUGCUGGCAGAGAAACUGCAGCUCGGCUCCAAAAACGAAUCUAAAAAUAACUAAACAAGAGACUGUUAAAAAGUUAUUGUAUUUUCAAUUUGGCAGUGUUGAUAACCGGAUGCAGUUUAACUUUUCUGGCAUUUGUUUGUCUCUGUCCUGUGCCAUUGAAUCCUGUCUGUAUUUCCACUGUCUGUAAAUGAGCGCUACACGUGCCUGUGGAAAUGUACCCCCUGCAACUUCCUCUCUUUUCCUGGCCCUUGUACGCUUACAGUCCUCACACAUAAUCUGAAUAUGUAGGCCUACAGUUUUUUUGCACCUGCACCAAGACAUUAUGCACAACACACCUACGAGCAAACAUGUAAUGAUGACACUUAUUCAUGCCCAGCUGGGAGAUGUCAAGCACCAGGCAGAAGUAAGCCAAGGACGUCACUUCACAGGUGUGUUUUUUUGAGAGCGGGUGAAAUGUCAGAGGCAAGCUCAGGGAGUGGGUCUCCACAGAGCAGCCGUCGGACUGAAGGUCAGAGAGGAAUCCUGUAGUGAUGUCUGUGUGUGCAUCCCAACGAGGGAAACGUCUUCUGAAGGGAACACGCGACUGAUUUCUGUGGUUUGACAAAUUUACUUUUGCCAAAAUAUAAAAUAAAAAUAUAAAAUUGGACCAGCUUGGGGAUGAUGAAAGGGAGGGGGUCUGCUUUAGGACUCAACCCUAAAUUAAGUAGGGGAUGGUUUUCAUAAAGCCUCUUGCCCCCCUCCCGACCCUCGCUGCAUCUGUGUUGGUGCGUCUCUGUGGGAAAGACACAGUGUGUAUGUGAUUCUGUAGUCUGUAGUCUGUAGUCUGGUGCUAUGUGACCAUGUUUGACAAGUGUGUAAAAAAAAUUACAGCAACAUUUAGAGUAAAAAAAGAGUUAAAUCAGUCAAAUUUUAAGUGAAGUUAUAAAAAAUAUAGGAAUACAGCACUGUUGAUAAGUUUGAGAUCUGAAGUAAAAAAUGUAUUGAAUUUUGUUGUACGUGUGUGAGUGUGAAUGUUGGUGUGUGUGGAUGAUUUAGCUCCUUCUUUUCUGGGCACCGGUCCAUGUCGCUCCAUUCUUUUGUACAGAUGAAGCUAAAAAAAAA